GAGGAAGAAAAGACAUCUGGCGGAAACCUGUGCGCCUGGGGCGGUGGAACUCGGGGAGGAGAGGGAGGGAUCAGACAGGAGAGUGGGGACUACCCGCUCUGCUCCCAAAUUGGGGCAGCUUCCUGGGUUUCCGAUUUUCUCAUUUGCGUGGGUAAAAAACCCUGCCCCCACCGGGCUUACGCAAUUUUUUUAAGGGGAGAGGAGGGAAAAAUUUGUGGGGGGUACGAAAAGGCGGAAAGAAACAGUCAUUUCGUCACAUGGGCUUGGUUUUCAGUCUUAUAAAAAGGAAGGUUCUCUCGGUUAGCGACCAGUUGUCAGACGACUUGCAGUGAGCGUCAGGAGCACGUCCAGGAACUCCUCAGCAGCGCCUCCUUCAGCUCCACAGCCAGACGCCCUCAGACAGCAAAGCCUACCCCCGCGCCGCGCCCUGCCCGCCGCUGCGAUGCUCGCCCGCGCCCUGCUGCUGUGCGCGGUCCUGGCGCUCAGCCAUACAGCAAAUCCUUGCUGUUCCCACCCAUGUCAAAACCGAGGUGUAUGUAUGAGUGUGGGAUUUGACCAGUAUAAGUGCGAUUGUACCCGGACAGGAUUCUAUGGAGAAAACUGCUCAACACCGGAAUUUUUGACGAGAAUAAAAUUAUUUCUGAAACCCACUCCAAACACAGUGCACUACAUACUUACCCACUUCAAGGGAUUUUGGAACGUUGUGAAUAACAUUCCCUUUCUUCGAAAUGCAAUUAUGAGUUAUGUGUUGACAUCCAGAUCACAUUUGAUUGACAGUCCACCAACUUACAAUGCUGACUAUGGCUACAAAAGCUGGGAAGCCUUCUCUAACCUCUCCUAUUAUACUAGAGCCCUUCCUCCUGUGCCUGAUGACUGCCCGACUCCCUUGGGUGUCAAAGGUAAAAAGCAGCUUCCUGAUUCAAAUGAGAUUGUGGAAAAAUUACUCCUAAGAAGAAAGUUCAUCCCUGAUCCCCAGGGCUCAAACAUGAUGUUUGCAUUCUUUGCCCAGCACUUCACGCAUCAGUUUUUCAAGACAGAUCAUAAGCGAGGGCCAGCUUUCACCAAUGGGCUGGGCCAUGGGGUGGACUUAAAUCAUAUUUAUGGUGAAACUCUGGCUAGACAGCAUAAACUGCGCCUUUUCAAGGAUGGAAAAAUGAAAUACCAGAUAAUUGAUGGAGAGAUGUAUCCUCCCACAGUCAAAGAUACUCAGGCAGAGAUGAUCUACCCUCCUCAAGUCCCUGAGCAUCUACGGUUUGCUGUGGGGCAGGAGGUCUUUGGUCUGGUGCCUGGUCUGAUGAUGUAUGCCACAAUCUGGCUGCGGGAACACAACAGAGUAUGCGAUGUGCUUAAACAGGAGCAUCCUGAAUGGGGUGAUGAGCAGUUGUUCCAGACAAGCAGGCUAAUACUGAUAGGAGAGACUAUUAAGAUUGUGAUUGAAGAUUAUGUGCAACACUUGAGUGGCUAUCACUUCAAACUGAAAUUUGACCCAGAACUACUUUUCAACAAACAAUUCCAGUACCAAAAUCGUAUUGCUGCUGAAUUUAACACCCUCUAUCACUGGCAUCCCCUUCUGCCUGACACCUUUCAAAUUCAUGACCAGAAAUACAACUAUCAACAGUUUAUCUACAACAACUCUAUAUUACUGGAACAUGGAAUUACCCAGUUUGUUGAAUCAUUCACCAGGCAAAUUGCUGGCAGGGUUGCUGGUGGUAGGAAUGUUCCACCCGCAGUACAAAAAGUGUCACAGGCUUCCAUUGACCAGAGCAGGCAGAUGAAAUACCAGUCUUUUAACGAGUACCGCAAACGCUUUAUGCUGAAGCCCUAUGAAUCAUUUGAAGAACUUACAGGAGAAAAGGAAAUGUCUGCAGAGUUGGAAGCACUCUAUGGUGACAUCGAUGCUGUGGAGCUGUAUCCUGCCCUUCUGGUAGAAAAGCCUCGGCCAGAUGCCAUCUUUGGUGAGACCAUGGUGGAAGUUGGAGCACCAUUCUCCUUGAAAGGACUUAUGGGUAAUGUUAUAUGUUCUCCUGCCUACUGGAAGCCAAGCACUUUUGGUGGAGAAGUGGGUUUUCAAAUCAUCAACACUGCCUCAAUUCAGUCUCUCAUCUGCAAUAACGUGAAGGGCUGUCCCUUUACUUCAUUCAGUGUUCCAGAUCCAGAGCUCAUCAAAACAGUCACCAUCAAUGCAAGUUCUUCCCGCUCCGGACUAGAUGAUAUCAAUCCCACAGUACUACUAAAAGAACGUUCGACUGAACUGUAGAAGUCUAAUGAUCAUAUUUAUUUAUUUAUAUGAACCAUGUCUAUUAAUUUAAUUAUUUAAUAAUAUUUAUAUUAAACUCCUUAUGUUACUUAACAUCUUCUGUAACAGAAGUCAGUACUCCUGUUGCGGAGAAAGGAGUCAUACUUGUGAAGACUUUUAUGUCACUACUCUAAAGAUUUUGCUGUUGCUGUUAAGUUUGGAAAACAGUUUUUAUUCUCUUUUAUAAACCAGAGAGAAAUGAGUUUUGACGUCUUUUUACUUGAAUUUCAACUUAUAUUAUAAGAAUGAAAGUAAAGAUGUUUGAGUACUUAAACACUGUCACAAGAUGGCAAAAUGCUGAAAGUUUUUACACUGUCGAUGUUUCCAAUGCAUCUUCCAUGAUGCAUUAGAAGUAACUAAUGUUUGAAAUUUUAAAGUACUUUUGGACAUUUUUCUGUCAUCAAAAAAAAAACAGGUAUCAGUGCAUUACUAAAUGAAUAUUUAAAUUAGACAUUACCAGUAAUUUCAUGUCUACUUUUUAAAAUCAGCAAUGAAACAAUAAUUUGAAAUUUCUAAAUUCAUAGGGUAGAAUCACCUGUAAAAAAGCUUGUUUGAUUUCUUAAAGUUAUUAAACUUGUACAUAUACCAAAAAGAAGCUGUCUUGGAUUUAAAUCUGUAAAAUCAGUAGAAAUUUUACUACAAUUGCUUGUUAAAAUAUUUUAUAAGUGAUGUUCCUUUUUCACCGAGAGUAUAAACCCUUUUAGUGUGACUGUUAAAACUUCCUUUUAAAUCAAAAUGCCAAAUUUAUUAAGGUGGUGGAGCCACUGCAGUGUUAUCUUAAAAUAAGAAUAUUUUGUUGAGAUAUUCCAGAAUUUGUUUAUAUGGCUGGUAACAUGUAAAAUCUAUAGCAGCAAAAGGGUCUACCUUUAAAAUAAGCAAUAACAAAGAAGAAAACCAAAUUAUAGUUCAAAUUUAGGUUUAAACUUUUGAAGCAAACCUUUUUUUAUCCUUGUGCACUGCAGGCCUGGUACUCAGAUUUUGCUAUGAGGUUAAUGAAGUACCAAGCUGUGCUUGAAUAACGAUAUGUUUUCUCAGAUUUUCUGUUGUACAGUUUAAUUUAGCAGUCCAUAUCACAUUGCGAAAGUAGCAAUGACCUCAUAAAAUACCUCUUCAAAAUGCUUAAAUUCAUUUCACACAUUAAUUUUAUCUCAGUCUUGAAGCCAAUUCAGUAGGUGCACUGGAAUCAAGCCUGGCUACCUGCAUGCUGUUACUUUUCUUUUCUUCUUUUAGCCAUUUUGCUAAGAGACACAGUCUUCUCAUCACUUCAUUUCUCCUAUUUUGUUUUACUAGUUUUAAGAUCAGAGUUCACUUUCUUUGGACUCUGCCUAUAUUUUCUUACCUGAACUUUUGCAAGUUUUCAGGUAAACCUCAGCUCAGGACUGCUAUUUAGCUCCUCUUAAGAAGAUUAAAAGAGAGAAAAAAAAAGGCCCUUUUAAAAAUAGUAUACACUUAUUUUAAGUGAAAAGCAGAGAAUUUUAUUUAUAGCUAAUUUUAGCUAUCUGUAACCAAGAUGGCUGCAAAGUGGCUAGUGCCUCAGAGAGAACUGUACAGGGUUUGUAACUGGAAAAAGUUACGUUCCCAUUCUAACUAAUGCCCUUUCUUAUUUAAAAACAAAACCAAAUGAUAUCUAAGUAGUUCUCAGCAAUAAUAAUAAUGAUGAUAAUACUUCUUUUCCACAUCUCAUUGUCACUGACAUUUAAUGGUACUGUAUAUUACUUAAUUUAUUGAAGAUUAUUAUUUAUGUCUUAUUAGGACAUUAUGGUUAUAAACUGUGUUUAAGCCUACAAUCAUUGAUUUUUUUUUGUUAUGUCACAAUCAGUGUAUUUUCUUUGGGGUUACCUCUCUGAAUAUUAUGUAAACAAUUCAAAGAAAUGAUUGUAUUAAGAUUUGUGAAUACAUUUUUAGAAAUCUGAUUGGUAUAUUGAGAUAUUUAAGGUUGAAUGUUUGUCCUUAGGAUAGGCCUAUGUGCUAGCCCAUAAAGAAUAUUGUCUCAUUAGCCUGAAUGUGCCAUAAGACUGACCUUUUAAAAUGUUUUGAGGGAUCUGUGGAUGCUUCGUUAAUUUGUUCAGCCACAAUUUAUUGAGAAAAUAUUCUGUGUCAAGCACUGUGGGUUUUAAUAUUUUUAAAUCAAACACUGAUUACAGAUAAUAGUAUUUAUAUAAAUAAUUGAAAAAAAUUUUCUUUUAGGAGGAGGGAGAAAAUGAAAUAAAUAUCAUUAAAGAUAAAUAACUCAGGAGAAUCUUCUUUACAAUUUUAUGUUUAGAAUGUUUAAGGUUAAGAAAGAAAUAGUCAAUAUGCUUGUAUAAAACACUGUUCACUGAUUUUUUUUUUUUUAAAAAACUUGAUUUGUUAUUAACAUUGAUCUGCUGACAAAACCUGGGAAUUUGGGUUGUGUAUGUGAAUGUUUCAGUGCCUCAGACAAAUGUGUAUUUAACUUAUGUAAAAGAUAAGUCUGGAAAUAAAUGUCUGUUUAUUUUUGUACUAUUUAAAAAUUGACAGAUCUUUUCUGAAAAUAAACUUUGAUUGUUUCUAUA